AAAUAAAAUAAAAUAAAAGAUUUCGGUUACAUAAAAGCCACAACCGUGUUAAGGAAGGAGAAACAUAAAAAAUAAAAAUAAAAGAAGACAGAGACGCCUGCUUUGAUCGCCGGCGUUCUGUGUCACUCCGGCCAAGUCUUUCACCUUUUCCUCUCGAUCAGGCAGGAGAAUGCAAAACUAAUUGUUAGACAAUCCAAAAGUUGAGGAAUUGGAGGGAUUCAAUGGAGUCCAAAAAGCAGCAACAACAACUUGUAGACUCAAAAACGGAUCCACUCUCCAUUUCUCAAUUGAAUAUAUCUUCUUCUUCUCCUUCGCCAUUGCCACAGGCCAACACGGCGGAGGAACUGUUAAAGAGUCAUAGACAUUCUGAUCUCCCCUCAAAUGAAACUUGGGGAGAUUUAGAUGAUGACUCUACCGACCCAAACUACGACCCUAUCGAGGGCAACAACGGACAUUCAGAUCCAACAACCUUCGACGCAGAUCUAUGCGAGUACAAGAAAAAAGCCACGAUCAUCGUCGAGGAAUACUUCAGCACCAACGACGCUGCAUCAGUCGCCAACGAGCUAAAAGAGCUCGGUAUGGCCGAGUACCGUUACUAUUUCGUCAAGAAGCUGGUCUCCAUGGCAAUGGACAGGCACGACAAGGAGAAAGAAAUGGCUGCGUUUCUCCUGUCCACCCUCUACGCCGACGUCAUCGACCCUCAAGAACUCUACAGAGGUUUCAACAAGCUGGUGACCUCCGCAGACGAUCUCUCCGUAGAUAUACCCGACGCGGUCGACGUUCUCGCAGUCUUCGUGGCACGUGCCAUCGUCGACGACAUCCUCCCUCCCGCGUUUCUAAAGAAACAGAUGAAGGUGCUCCCUGAGGGCUCCAAAGGAGCGGAGGUGCUGAGGAAAGCGGAGAAGAGCUACCUAGCGGCUCCGCUUCACGCGGAAGUCGUUGAGAAGAGAUGGGGAGGGGCUGAUAACUGGACGGCGGAGGAUGUUAAAGGGAGGAUCAACGAGCUGUUGAAAGAGUAUGUGAUGAGUGGAGACAAGAAGGAAGCGUUUAGAUGCAUCAAAGCGUUGAAGGUUCCUUUCUUCCAUCACGAGAUUGUCAAAAGAGCGCUGAUCAUGGCCAUGGAGAGGCGUAAGGCGCAGGGGAAGCUGUUAGAGCUGUUGAGAGAAGCGACGGAGGUCGGGCUCAUAAACUCCACUCAGGUGACGAAAGGGUUUAGCAGAAUCAUCGAUUUGAUUGAAGAUCUUUCCCUUGAUAUACCGGAGGCGAGGAGUGUGUUGCAGUGUUUUAUCUCUAAAGGUGCUUCUGAAGGAUGGUUGUGUGCUUCUUCUCUGAAGACGCUCGAUGAUGAUUCGGGUGAGAAGCUGCUUGAAAACUCCAAGGCAUGUGAGUUUAAAGACAAGGUUAAGUCGACUGUCCGGGAGUAUUUCAUGUCGGGUGACGCUUUGGAGGUUGUGCAUUGUCUCGAAACCGAGCUGGGUGCGUGUUCGAGUCAGCUGCGUGCGAUGUUUGUGAAGUAUCUGAUAACUCUAGCGAUGGACAGGAAGAAGAGAGAGAAAGAGAUGGCUUGUGUUCUCGUCUCGUCUCUUGGCUUCCCUGCCAAAGACGUCAGGAAAGCGUUCUCGAUGCUGAUAGAGUCUGCGGAUGACACUGCUUUGGAUAACCCGGUGGUCGUUGAAGACCUCGCCAUGUUCUUAGCCAGAGCCGUGGUUGACGAGGUGUUAGCUCCGCGUGAUCUUGACGAGCUGCUGAGCCAGACGCCAGGGUGGUCGAGCGUGGGGGAGAAGGUGAUCCAGACGGCGAAGACGUUGCUGAAAGCGCGUCUCUCCGGGGAAAGGAUAUUGCGUUGCUGGGGAGGAGGAGGGGUGGUGGAGACGAACUCCCCCGGGUGCACUGCGAGCGAGGUGAAGGUGAAGAUUCAGGUGCUUCUUGAUGAGUAUGUAUCUGGUGGGGAAGUGGGGGAGGCUUGUAGGUGCGUGAAGGAGCUAGGGAUGCCGUUUUUCCACCACGAGGUGGUGAAGAAGUCGGUGGUGAGGAUCAUAGAGGAGCAGGAGAAGAAGGAGCGGGUGUGGGAGCUGCUGAGAGUGUGUUUCGAGUCGGGGCUGGUGACGAUUUAUCAGAUGACUAAAGGGUUUAAGAGAGUGGGUGAGGCGGUUGAGGAUCUGUGUUUGGAUGUCCCUGAUGCUUGGGACAAGUUUAAGAGUUGCGUGGAAAGAGCCAAGGUUGAAGGAUUCUUGGAUGAGUCAUUUGCUAUUGAGGAGGGCUCGUCUUCGUCUGCAGCAUUCUGAAACCUCUUUUAACUAGAGAGACGCAAAUUUACAUUUUGAAUCCUUUUUUAUUUUUUUCUGGUUUUAUCAAUACUAUUAAAUUUGCAGUGUGACCUAUUGAUACAUGUUAGAUCCAAUUAUUUACAAUCUACUUUUUGAAAUAACUAACUGCCAAUAUUUAACAUAUGUAAUAUAACGUGGUUUGUGAUA